AUGGAUUCACGGAAUUACGAAAGUUUAACUGAUCCACAUUUAAAUGCAUAUUUUAAUAAUAAACGUAUUCGACGACAUUUAAUAAAAGUUGGAUUGAUCAAUCGUCAUGGUGAUAUUUUACCACCUCCAUCUUAUGAAGUUGCACUUGCUAGACGAACGAAACGUAGAGAAAUAAAAGCAAAAUUAUCACAUAUGAUAACUAAUUAUAUCGUAGAAGAUGAACAAAAACGUCAAGCAUUUCUUCGUAAUCAAUUUGACUUUGCUAUAAAACGUGCUCGAGUACAAAAAAUUCGAGAAUCAAGACAUCCGCAACAACGAUCUAUGCUAACUAUUAGUUUAGUUCAUGUUACUAAACGUUCAAGAAGUAGGAAUGCUCGUACACCAUCCCCAACUGGUCACAAACGUUCAUCAGUACGAGCUAAAUCAGCAGGACAUCCACCAAUAAAUGCAAAAAAUCAAUUAGUUCGUCGUCCAACUACGGCAAAGAAUACAUCAAAUAAUGAAUACUGUGAAGUAACUAUGAUCUAUUAUGGACCACAAAUAGUCAUUGAUUGUAAAAACAAGUGGUUUCAACCAAAUGGUGAUGAAAUCGUUGUAAUGCAACAACAUUGUGGUGGUGAAAAUCUUAUUGUUUUUAAAGGCUUUGUUAAACCAAAUCAAUUAUUCAAAUUUGAAUCUCGUCGUCAUCAAGACUAUCCAUUUGCUGUAGCUCUAUAUAUCAAUGGUCUUAUUGAUAGUCGAAUAUCUGUCUGUUGUGAAUAUAAACAUAAUCGUAAUAUUCGAUUAGGUAGUAAAUAUGGUUUAUUUGGCAUAUAUAAUGUCCAAAAAUCACAACCUUGUCGAAGUUGUCGAUUUGAAAAACGAAUAAAAGAAAUAUUACCAACACCAUCAACUAUUAUUCAUCCAUCUUCUUAUCGAAAAUCAAUUGUACCAAGUGUUCUAUCAACAAAUGAAUUUUGUUCGACAGCUUUACUUCGAACACCAAGUCCAACGUCAGAAAAAGAAGAAGAAGAAGAAGAAGAAGAAGAAGAAGAAGAAGAGUCAUUAGAAAAAACAAUAAAUCGUAUUUCUACUAUAGCUCAACCUAAUCUGAGUCCAAGGGCACGAAGUUCAGUAUCAUCACAGAAUGAAAACAAAAUAGAUGAAUUACAUCGGAAUGAAUCAAUAGACAACAACUCGAAUUUAAUAUUUGAUAACAAGUCUAGUACACCUGAUCAACAAUCAAUCGACAGAACAAAGGAUGAAAGUAGAAAAUCAUCAAGAGUUUCAUCGAGUACUUCUAAAAAAUCCGUUCCAGAUUCAUCGGUUAUUUCAUUUAAAAAUGAAGAUCAUCAUUAUCCAUUAAAACCAUCAUUAAUAAGAAGAGAUAGUGAUGAUAAGUCAACGACAAGUUCAAGAAAAUCUAUUUCUACACCAAUCUCCUCUUCUGAAAAGGAAGAAUAUGCUAAGCCAUCUGAAACAUUGAUAGAAAAAGUUCAUACAGAGAAACAAAUAUCGAGAUCAUCAUCUAGUAGUUCAACGACAUCGAGACCAUCAUCUAGUAGUUCAACGACACUGAGACCACCAUCUAGUAGCUCGACAGUAUCAAGAUCUUCUACUGAAAGUAAAGACAAUAAUCAAUGGCCCAAAAACGAGGACGUUCGUCUUUCGUCAACGAGUUCAUCUAAAAGCGAAACCUUUGGUCGUUCAUUGAUUUCUGAUAAUUAUCAAGAAAAACAACAUCGCUCGUCUACAUCAUCAUCAUCAUCAUCAUCGAAUAAAAAUGAAAGUAGCCAUCAUUCUAUUGAACAUGAAUCUGAAUCUCGUCAUUCUAUUGAAAAUGAAUUUGAAUCUCAUCAUUCCAUUGAAAAUAAAUCUGAAUCUCAUCAUUCUAUUGAAAGUGAAUCUGAAUCUCAUCAUUCUAUUGAAAAUGAAGUUGAAUCCCAUCAUUCUAUUGAAAAUGAAUCUGAAUCCCAUCAUUCAUCGAUAUUUUCAAUAGAAAAACAACAACAACCAGUUGACACUUACGUUCAUAAUUUGCUCGAAUCGGAUACUACUUCAAGUAAUGAUGAUAGCAAACCAAAGUCACCAUCCAGACAAAAGAAACAUAAUGAAGAAAAAGAGGAACCAUCAGUAACUCAAUCUGAAAAAAAUUCGAUACGACAAUAUCGUUCGAUGGAGAAUAUAGUUGUUGCUUGGCUUGAUGCAACAGUAGAUAAUACCGAUGAUGAUACAAUUAGGUCAAAGAUUCAAUUACGUCAAAUAGCACGUACUAUAAAAACAUUUAGUGAUCCAGAAAAAUGUAUUCAAUGGAUUAAAGAAGUAAAAAAUGAAAAAAUUUUUCUAAUUGCUUCUGGUAAUCUUAGUGAAAAUAUUCUUGAACAAGUUGAUUCCUAUGCUCAACUUGCUGGUAUUUAUAUAUUUUGUCUACAAAAUUCCAAAUAUGAAUAUUUAAUUGAUAAAUAUAAAAAAAUAAAAGGUGUUUAUACAGAUAUAUCGAUAAUAUGUGAAUGUUUAAAAAUUGAUUUUAAACAAUGGGAUAAUGAUUUAAAUACAUUUCAAACAACUUCAUUAAUUGAUAUGAAACAAUUAAAUUCAGAACAAUUAAAAUUUAUUCAAAAUCAAUUAUUUAAAGAAUAUUUACUUGAAAUUGAAUAUGAUGAAGAUGCUAUUCAUGAUUUAGUUGAAUAUUGUGAAAAUCUUUAUGCUGAAAAUAUCGAAGAGUUAGAAUUAAUAAAACAAUUUGAAAAUGAAUAUACGUCAAAUGAUGCUUUACAUUGGUAUACCAAAGAUUGUUUUGCUUAUCAUAUGCUUAAUAGAGCAAUUAGAAUGAAAGAAAUUACAAUUCUUUUUCAAAUGGGCUUUUUUAUUCGUGAUAUUAAUCAACAAUUAGAAGAAGAUUAUUCAAUAACAAAACAAAGAUCAACAUUAACUUUAUUUCGUGGUCAAGGAAUGAAAAUCGAAUAUUUCGAAGAAUUAAAACAAAAUCAAGGUGGUCUUAUUUCAUUUAAUGGUUUCCUCUCAACUAGUACUAAACAAAAUGUUGCUUAUGAAUUUGCUCAACGAUCUCUAUCAAAUGGAUUUCCAAUUGCUGUUUUAUUUCGAAUGCAAAUUGAUCCAACAAAUAAUUCAUGUCCAUAUGCUUCAUUAGAAAAACGAAGUUUUAAUCAAGCUGAAUAUGAAAUUCUAUUUUCAUUCAAAGCAAUAUUUCAUAUUGAAUCCAUUGAACAAAUAGAAAAUAAUAUUUGGCAAGUUGAUUUAACAUUAAUUAAUGAAAAAGAAAAUUUGAUAUCACAUUAUAUUCACAUCGAACAUAAUAAAUUCAAUCAUCUAAUUGAUUAUGAGAAAUUAGGUGAAUUAUUGAUUGAAAUGAAUGAAUUCGAUAAAGCAAAAGAUCUUUAUGAAAUCAAUGUACCAGAUAUAUCUGAUCCAAAAUAUACAUAUGUGUAUAAUCAAUUAGGAUUAAUUUAUACAAAUUUAAAAAAUUAUAAACAAGCACUUUUAUGUUAUAAUCUUUCACUUGCAACAAAAUCGAAUGAAACUUUAAAUGAUUAUGUCAUAAUAUCAAAUAUACAUAAUAAUAUUGGAAAAAUAUUUUAUAAACAAGAAAAACUUCAUGAAGCAUUAGAAAAAAUUCAAUAUGCAUUAAAUAUUCAAUUAGAACAUUUAUCAUCAACACAUCCAUCAUUAAUAAAUACAUAUGAUCUUCUUGCAAUGGUUUAUGCGGAAAAUGAUGAUUAUCAAACAGCACUUGAAUAUAAUGAAAAAAAACUUGAUAUUCAAGAAAAAACAUCGUUAUCGAAUCAAUCCGAUUUAGCUUUAACACAUUUUAACAUUGGAAUUUGUUUAGAAAAUUUAAAUCGAUUAACUGAAGCAAUAGAUCAUAUACAACAAUCAAUUGACAAGUUGCCUUCCAAUGAUACAGAAUUAAAUAAUAGACAAGCAGUACUUGAAAGAAUUCAUGAAGAACUUCAAUAA